GUUACCUACGGGUUUUUCAAAGAAUUUAUCAAUUCUGAAUCGGUAUAUUCAAAAUGUCUGAAUUCAAAACGCCAGUGAAGAGCAAAUUAAUGAGUGAUGGUGGUGAAAAACGAGAAAUAACAAUUCCUCCAUCACCUUUCCUGAACAGACUCGGUUAUGGAACAGGCGUAUCAGUAAUGCAACUGGUGCGAUCACCAAAAGCCGGCCAGAUGAGAUCACCAUGGGCAUUGAAGAUGUUAAAUAAGCGAGUGAAACCCAACAAAGUGUACACAGAACGGCUCCAGGCGGAAGCUGAGUUAUUACAAAGAAUGUCACAUCCCAAUAUUGUGGGUUUUCGGGCGUUUAGCAAAACCAAGAUCCUUUACUUGGGUAUGGAAGCCUGUGAUCUUUCGUUGGGAGAUAUGAUUGAAAAGAGAGUUGAAGAUGGAUUGGAUGCAUUUCCACCAAAUAAUAUUAUAAAGGUGGCCUUAGACAUAGGAAGCGCGUUAGACUACCUUCACACAAAGAUGCAGAUCCUCCACGGAGACAUGAAGUCCUACAAUAUAUUGGUGAAUGGUGACUUUGUUGUUUGCAAGCUGUGUGACUUUGGGGUCACAUUACCACUUAAUGAAGAUGGAGUUUUUGAUAAGGAGAAUGCUGGCAAGAAAGUGUAUUAUGGUACAGAAGCAUGGAGUGCCCCAGAGGUGCUGGAAGGUGACGAGAUCAGCAGCAAGACAGACAUCUGGCCGCUAGGACUCACUCUGUGGGAGAUGAUGUCCCUGCAGCCUCCGCACACACAGAUUGAUGAGAAUUUCGAUGAGAGUCUAGAGUUCGAUGAUAGCUAUGUGGAUAAUAAUUUUGAAUUGUAUGGUACACGGCCAGCGAUUCCAGCAACCAUAUCUGUAGAGGAGUACAAUGAGCCCAUCGCACUGUUCCAAGCUUGCACAGAGACGGAACCAUCACGCAGACCCUCUGCAGAACAGCUGGCGGCUGUCGCUAUGAAUAUGAUGAACAAAUAGUGAUGAAUAUAUUAUAUGAUGAUGGUUUGGUGCUCGAGAUGUCUGUGGAAGACUGAAAAAAUGUACUUUAUUGUGUAACUGUCAGGACAGGAUAUUCCACAUUGUAAAUAAAUUUAAUAAAUAUAUUGAUGAUCUCUAUUA